GUAUCCCUCAGUUAGUGGCUUUCUUCAGAGAUAUUGUCGCAUCCUUCUCUUUUGGUCCUCGCCGCACGCCGUAGUCGCAUGUGUUCGGUACCGUUAAGCAGGGCUCUGGUGCUAAGAGGCAUGAACAGCAGAGAUGACUGAGAGUCUGAAGACACGAUUUGACUUUCCAAGUCCCAUCAUACAAGCCCAGACGGUGAGAAGUCUUGUGGCUGCUGUGCUUAAAGAGAAAGGGCAAAAUGGGCAAAUCACCCAGUCCUCUAAUCAGGGUCCAGCCUUGGAGGCUCUGUGGGAGCAGUGCUGUAGCGACUGUGCUGCAGUGCGUUCAGCCUGCUGUGACGCUCUGGUUCUCCUGGUGGAUCAAGGCCAUGCAGACCUGCAGUAUGUCCUCAACAGCGUCCUCAACCUUCUGCCCUCUGCCAGAAAUGUCCAGGGGCUGAUAAAGGUCAUUGGAAGGCUGCUUCAAAUCCAGACAGAUCAGCAAGACAGAACAGCACCGUUCAUCUGUCCUUACUCCAUCAGAAGCAGCCCCCACCCAUACAUCACAGCUCUGGAGAACCGAGUGGACUGCUGGCCAGCUCUGCUGCUGGAGAUUGAUGACUUCAUCCAGCAGGCUGCUGACAGGAAUGAGCCGGCAUACGUUGCCAUACUGGUUCCCUUCCUGCGCUACCUGUACUGUGAACCUCAGAGGCAAACCCAGUACGCUCUCCUCAGACACAGUCUGCUCAGGGUGCUGCUGCCCACCCACUCAGCAACUGGAGCAGUCAGCCAUGACAAAGACCAGGAUAAGAUGUCGCCAGUGUCUGACAGCCUGCUACGCUGUCUAUGCUGUCUGGUUCCACACAUGCAGGUUGAUGGUGUCGAGGCUGUACUGGAGCUGCACAGCUUCAUCGAUGCCUUGCUCCAGAGGCUGUGCAGGGCUUCUGGGGAGUGCUGGAGGACUGAGAGAGUCAGCCUGGUCCUGCAGUUGCUUUGUGCCUGCCAGCUGUGCCUGAAGUUCAGCGGAGACUGCCGGCCCCUCCUCUACUUAAUACAGCAGUUCCUACCUACCUGCCAGGAGGAGUUGCCAGUGGACGAGCUGCUAGUGGGUGUGGCCUUGCUCCUGCUGGAUGCCCCGGCAGCUCAGCAGACCGGCCUGCUCAGUCUGGCACUGAGUUUAGUCCCUGAGCAGUCUGACUUUGUCCCCUGGUCAACUCCCGUCCUGGUGCUUCCCCUGCUGCAGCUCCUGUCCUGCUCCGGCCUCACCGAACCGCUUACCGACCCCCGGACACACAACCUCAACCACAAGCUGGCCCAUAGCCUGCUGUGCAGCACCAGCAAACAGACCAGUAAACCCACGCAGCCUGGUCCACCAUUGGCCCUCCCUCUCAGUCCCUGGUACAAUGAGCUCCGUAUGACACUGUCCAUACUGCAGAAAGUGGUGGAUGAUCCAGCAGCAGCCAGUGAUUGGCUGCUGUCAGUCAACUCGGCCCUGUCCUCCAGCCAGCGCCUGUCUCCUUCCCUCAGCCUCAUUGUGUCCCAUCUCAUCAUCACUGGUCAGGAAGAUGUCUGCCAGCUGGCACUGACCACCAGCCAGGCCAUCGCCACCACCGACCCCUCCCAGGUGCCAUCGCUCAUCCCCGUUCUGUUGUUCAAGCUGGGGAAAGAAGGGAGUCCAGCCCUGUCCUACGCUGUGCUGAACACUCUGCCAAACUAUGGGACCCAUAAGCUAUGUGUCCCCCAGGUGCUGCAGACUCUGCAGAUGCUCGGUAGCGCCCCCAAGCUGAAAGCUGUGGCGAUGCGCCUUAUGACCACACUCUGGAAGAAACAGGACCGAGUUUACCCGGAGCUGCAGCGUCUGCUGGGCCAGCAGGACUGGAAGGUGGUUGUUGGGAGGGACGCCCAGUGGGAGCAGAUCCUUGCCAGGGCUGCCUGCCUCCGGGACAUCUGUAGAGAGAGGCCUUACCAGCAUGGAGGCGACAUGUUGGCUGCCAUCACACAGACUCUGAACCAGUGUUCCAAACCAGAUCUGGCAACCCCCGCUGCUCUAGCCCUGCAGGGACUGCAGGAGCUCUGCCGGGCCGAGGUGGUGGACAUUGUCUCAACAUGGAGGACCUUGGGGCCAAAGCUGAGCUGUGAUUCCCGGCAACUGAUGGUCAAAACCAUAGCUGAGCUUCUGGCGCUGGUUCCCCAGCUGACCGUCAAGUCAGAGGACUAUGAGAAACUGAAGGAGGAGGUGGUCAGCUUUCUUUGGAAUUAUGCUCUAAGCAAGGAUCCAGAGGUGGCCAGCUGUGGCUACAGGGCUUUGGCAGAUUUUCCUGAAGUGGUCCACAAAUUACCUCACCUGCCGGAGGCGGCCAGACCAGCCAUGAAGCCUCCUGAAUACGAGGAGGGCGAGGAAGGGAAAGAGGCAGAGGACGAGAAGGACAUGUCCAUCCCAGGUUCAUCUUAUGUGAAACUCAUGGGUCUCACUGCCUUCCCCAUCCUGCCAGCUUAUGAGCUCUUCUUGACCUCACUGGUGAGGCAGGAGAUGAGCCAAAUGCCGCGGGGUGUGUAUUUCUCUGCCCUGAGGGGGGGCAGCCUGCGUUCAGACCAGGGUAAAACAGUGGCAGGGAUCCCGUCGUUCAUGCUGAAGACCUACGAGAAGAACAAGCAACCGGGGCUGAAGCCUGGACUCGCAGCUGGACUUCUGCUGUGUUACGAGCUUCCCAUCCAGACGGAUCGCGACAGCAAGCCAAUCAGCCGCUUUCUGGUCAGCCGCAGCCGCAGCUACCAGCAGACCCUGACCGCCCUCAUUCAUGAGGUGAACAUCCAGCCGUCCGAGUGGCACCGCGCCCUCCUCCUGCCCCAGGCCUGGCGGGGGUUCAUGAGUCGAGCUUUCCAUGCCGUCUUGCAGGGACGGCGUGCAGAUCUGGAGAUGCAGCAGAAGCAAGGCAAAGAAAACCCUGAGGAUUUGCAGUACAAACAGCACUGUGCCUGGCUGUGGGCCAGAGACCAGCUGACAGACACCAUCAAAGCUGCUACAAAGGACAGUCCAGUGGUUCAGGGAAACUCCAUUCUUGCUCUGAGUGGCCUGGCUGCCGUCCUCGCCAAAUAUGAGAGCAACCUGCCUGCCGAUACUGAUGGCAGCCUGGGGGCUGGACCAGAGUUUGUGCCCACAGCCAGCUGGUUGGCCAUGGUGCUGGACACUCUGCUGGGCAUCAUCAGCAGCAGCUACAAGGCCAGAGGACAAGUCUUCCCAUGGUUCCCACAUCGCUCCUAUUCAGGGGAGAACACAGCCAGUGCUAUCGCUCGUUCCUGUGCCAGCCUGGCGUUGUCCUUGCUGGUGCCUGUGCUGGUGGUCUGGCAGCGGGACGGUGUAUCCCAAGUUCUGUCCACACUGAAGGCAGGCUUGCCCGGCUCAGCCAGUGCUGACGACUCCCAGGCCGUCCAGUUCCACUCGGGCCUCGCCCUCGGCAUGGUGCUGUCCAGCCUGCAUCACCAGCGCCUCAGUGACGUCUCUGUUCAGAAGGACAGUGACCUGCUGCUCAGUUAUCUGGACGCCUUGGAAAGUUGCUCCUUUAACCCCAACUUGGAAUACAAUACUGGUUGUGUGUUGGGCUUGGGUCUGGUGCUGGCAGCGCUCUGCAGUAGUGGCAAUGUGGAAUACCGGGUCCAAAUCACCCAAACCCUGGACAAACUGCUCGCCAACUUGCAGGACAGCAGUGGCCAUGGACGCAUGCUGCUGGAGGUCUUGGCAUACUCCGUGGCAUGUGUGGGCGUGUCAGCCUUCAGCGGAGGCCUUAUUGACGCCAGCAAGGCUGAUGAGAUCAUGAACACUCUGCGCACCUUGACCGAGGAAAGUCAGCAGACCCCAGGCUUCUCACUGGCUCUAGGCUUGGUGGUCCAUGGUCUGUCAGCCUGUGGUCACGGCAAAGCAGAGGAUAUCCACCCUCGUCUUCUGGCUGCUUGGAUCAAGAUCCUCCUGGCUGAGGGUUGUCCCACUAUGCAGCGUCUGGCUGCCGUCAACGGCUUGGUGGCCUUGGUGGGAUCUGAGAGUUACCUGGCCCAGCUGAAGAGUCAGUCAGAGCUUUCCUCCCAGCAGCAGAGCCGGCUGAACGAGGUGAUUCGUGCCAUCACACAGAUCAUAACAUUCUCAGGAGCCAUUGGUUUGCAGUCCAACAGUGCCUGCCUGGUGGGUCAUUUGCAUUUGGCCCAUAUGUCCACUAGUCACAGUCACACAGCAGUUCCUCAGGACUUCAGUUAUCUCUCAGAGAAGAGCGUCCUCAGAUCAAUUGUUGACUUCAUCACAGAGGCAGGAAAGAAAGGUCCAGAAUUUGCCCAUCCAGCACUGGUUAAGACUGCUCUGGCACCCCUGGCAUCAGUUGGAGCAAGUUUCCAAUACCCACCCAUCAACUGGAAUGCAAUCCUGUCACCUCUGAUGAGGCUUAGCUUUGGGGAGGAUGUUCAGCAUCAGUGUAUAGUGCUGGCAGCGUGUCAAACCCAGUCUUCUCAGAGUGCCUCUCUCUUUCUGGGCUCAUGGCUGUCCCCUCCCCUUGUGCACAGUCUUAGUUAUCGAACACGGGGCCACCUGUACGAGACCCUGGGCCUAUGGAUGAAACAUGUUGCUGAGGACAAGUUCCAGGUCUAUGUGGAGAGCUUGGGCCUGCAGCAGUUCCAAGAGGAUCUUCGAGCACAGCGUCUGGCCCUCUGCCAGUCCCUGCUGCAAGGCCUCGCCCAGGCCAUGGCCCUCCCAAACCCCCCCAACAACUGCUGGACCAUCCUCUGCUCCACCACUGAGAAGAUCUUCACCCUUUUGCCCAACCAAAUACAGGAUAAUGAAGUGGAAUUGUACGUGGGAAUUGCCAAGUGUCUGUCAGAGCUGUCAGACACAGAGAUUGACCGAAUCGCUCAAGUCACAGAGGCUGAGAUGGAGAAGACCUGCUUUGUCUUGGCCUACUUGACGUCCCAGGGCAGAGUUCCUCUGCUGAGCCUCAAUGAUGUCAUCGCUGCCGUGCUCCGUGGAUGGCCGAGCCACAGAGUCGGCUGGCUCCUCCUCCAGACUUUCUACCAGUGCCGUCUGGCUGCCAGCCCCAAUACAGGUGUCUCCAAAAGGAUGGAGUGGCUCCUGGAGCUGAUGGGACACAUCCGGAACGUCGCCUAUGGGGCAGCCUCCGUCACAUGUGGAGACACCAAACUGGCCACGGAUUUCCUCCUACAGAUCUUUGCUGGCGCUGUGGUUUGCUGGGCCGACCAAUCCAUGCCGCUUCUCCUCGGCAUCAGGGCCCAGUGGUUCCCGUGGCAACCCGGCUCCAAGCCUCCCGCUCUGCAGCACAGUCUCUACGGCGGAGAGUCACUCACCGACCUCACCCCGCCGCUAUGCAUGCUGGGAUUGUCUCACAGCUUGACCAAACUUCUGGCCAAAGAACCUUGGAGCAGCCAGUCACAGAAGUUCAUAGACUGGCUCCUCAGCAUUGCAGAAGCUCCCGAACAAAAUGUUUCAAGCACUUCCAUCAGCACAGCCAAAGCUGCCUUGCUGGCCUUGAGGUCCUCUGCAGAGUUCAAGAAAAAAGGCGUAUGGACGAGAGCUUACGGCUGGUAAAGGUCCCUCACCAAAACACGGCUGGACUGUUGCCUGCACACGUUUUGCCUGUCCUCAUUGGAAAUGGAAAUGGAAGACGGUUGGGACAUCCAGUGCUGCCAUGGACUUUUGAAAUGAACUUCCGGAGACUGAUUCAGUUUACAGCUGCUUUUCUCGCGUGUAUAUUUUGCAUUUACAGGCUGAGACAGAUACAGCACCGCCAUUUCUGUCAGCUUUACAGUGGCAUUGUCAAAAGGAAUGUGCUUUGUCAAAACAUUAUAUUCCCAUUAAAAGUACCUCAGAAAAUA